AGCGGGCUGCCACGUGCACGGCGCUGCACACCCCGCAGCCCUUGCAUGCAACAGCCAGGCCCUCCAAGGGAGCAGGGGGAGAAAAACCAGAGUGCUUGCAGGGUGCAGUGGCACUGCCCCGCUUCCCAGGGGUGCAAACGCCUGCAUCCUCCCUGAUGCCAGUGGUACCCGCCUCAAGCAUCCUGGGUCCCAAAAUAAGUGCUUUGGGAUGCGGUGGAGGAAACGUUACGUUGAGAGUACAUGCGGCAGGUGAAGCGUCUCAAAGCGGAGAAGGGAGAGAGGAAGAGGAGAGGAAUCGCCGCGGCCUGCUCGUCCCGGGAUUUGUGGCUCGAGGAUCGGACCCUUCGAGGCCUGUCCGUGAGCAUCCUCGAGUCGAGGGGAUGCUGACGAUGAACGAAGGACCCCGCCGCCUUCUUCCAGACGUUCAGAUAAAAAGGAAACGUGGGAAUGAAGCAGCACUGGUGCAAGGGGUGGGGGAAGAACCAACUGGGCAGUCGACAGCCGAUCCACGGCAGGCGCUUGUAACAGCGAUUUCCUACAACUACUGGACCUAGCCGGCAUCCUGCUCAAACCCUAACGCUGGUUUUGUGGAGGGGAAGAGCAGUGUUCCUUUAAGAAGUGUUGCCACUUUUGUUGCCAAGGGACAGCCCGUCUCCCAGCAACAGGUGACACAAGGACCGGGAGCUGCUGUAGUACCCGGCGCUUCCCCGCUUCUUUGUCCAGCCGGAUCCGCGUUUAGGCCUCAGCACAACAUGUCCCAGGGGCGUCUGCUGGAAGCAGAGCCCGCCUGUAAGAAGGAGACGGAGCAGGGCCCGUCGCAGAGAACCAGCGAUUAUUACCGAGUGGAUGACAGUUUGCCAGCCAGGUUCAACCACCCAGGAUGGUUUCGGGGCUACAGGACAAAAGAGCCCAAUCCACUGUACAGAACCACCAACCAGACGUAUGGAAGCAGAGCACCUACCGUACAUGAAAUGCCAGAGCUAGGCUUCUCUUUCCUGACUACAUGAAUGAUUGAUGAGAUCUGUACCCGGAACGAUGUUGUUGCAAUUGUUGCAAGCACAGCGUGGGAAGAAGCCUGACACAGCAUACUGCUGAUAGCUGAGCUGCCAAUAAAUAUCCAAGAUGCGGGGCGUAUACCAUUUGUACAGAUGGCCAGUCCACAAUUCUGGUGGAACUAACAUGGAAAAAUCAGCUCCUAGAACUGGGUAGAACUUUCUGAGGUCUGUGCUGGUCCUGUAGGUGAGAAGUGGUGGUGUCACUAAAUCCUACUCGUAUGGCUAACGAUUAGGCCCACAACCUGUUGAGCCAUCAAGCCAAAUAUCCUCUAGCCCUGUAGCCCCAUUUUCACAUGAGGGAACGCAGACCUACA